AAAAUAUUCAAAGGCUGUUUAGUUUGUUCUCCACUCACGGCAUUGGGUCCUAUUUACCUUAUAUAUCAUUCUUGGGUUCCACUCUACACUACGCUCCUCGUCCAAGUUUCUCAUCUAAUCAAAACAUGAACAGACAGGGCCAGAGAUCCGGUGCGACGGGGGUGCACCAUAACCGCCAGCACUCCGAGCACUAUCUCGAUGCUUCUUCCAAGUGGUUCAACUCCUCCUCCAAUCACAUUCCUCCUCUUCAGGACUACAAUCUGUACGGUGGCGGAGGCAGAAUGUACCGGAACAGCGUGCAGAAGAACUUCAGUGAGUAUUCUAUGGAUCCGUUAACGCCUCCUCGUAGUUAUGCCGUUAAGAAAAACGGUGACGAGGACGAUUCUCCUCGCGAUUUCAGCCCUGGCCUCUUGGAUAUCCAUUCCUUCGAUACAGAGCUUCUUCCUCAGAUUCCGUCCUCGAACGCGUAUGAUUCCGAGCCUUACAUUUUCAGCAAACAAACUAGCAGAACUCGUGCUAUUGAUAACAACGUCUACAAUAGUCUUGCCGCCGCAGAGAAUCUGAAGUCUAGCAAUGUAGCUAAGAUUAAAGUCGUGGUUCGCAAGAGACCGCUAAAUAAGAAGGAGACAGCUAAGCAUGAGGAGGAUAUUAUAGACACAGUUUCAAAUUCUUUAACCGUGCACGAGACCAAACUUAAGGUUGAUUUAACUCAGUAUGUUGAGAAGCAUGAGUUUGUUUUUGAUGCUGUUUUGAAUGAAGAGGUUACAAAUGACGAGGUGUAUCGUGAAACAGUGGAGCCCAUAGUUCCAAUAAUAUUUCAACGCACUAAGGCAACUUGCUUUGCGUAUGGUCAAACAGGAAGUGGAAAAACUUACACAAUGAAGCCACUACCUCUUAAAGCAUCAAGGGACAUCUUGAGAUUGAUGCAUCAUACGUACAGGAGUCAGGGAUUUCAGUUGUUUGUGAGUUUCUUUGAAAUAUAUGGUGGGAAGCUUUUUGAUCUCCUUAAUGACCGAAAAAAACUGUGCAUGAGGGAGGAUGGCAAGCAACAAGUUUGCAUUGUUGGUUUGCAAGAGUACCAAGUAUCGGAUGUAGAGACCAUCAAGGAACUGAUUGAGCAAGGAAAUGCCACAAGAAGUACUGGCACCACAGGUGCAAACGAGGAGUCCUCACGGUCACAUGCAAUUCUUCAGCUUGCUAUCAAGAGAUCAGUUGAUGGAAAUGUAUCCAAGCCUCCCCGAGUUGUUGGGAAGCUUUCCUUCAUAGAUCUUGCUGGAAGUGAACGUGGAGCAGAUACCACAGAUAAUGACAAACAGACAAGAAUAGAAGGUGCUGAGAUCAAUAAGAGCUUGCUCGCCUUAAAGGAAUGCAUAAGAGCUCUAGAUAAUGACCAAGGACACAUCCCAUUCAGAGGCAGCAAAUUGACUGAAGUUCUGAGGGAUUCAUUUGUUGGUGAUUCCCGCACUGUUAUGAUAUCUUGCAUAUCACCAAGUUCCGGUUCAUGUGAACAUACUCUGAAUACAUUAAGAUAUGCUGACAGGGUAAAAAGCUUAUCCAAAGGGAACAAUUCUAAGAAGGACGUUUUAUCUUCAAAUUUCAACCUUAAAGAUUCAAUUACUAUUCCCUUGUCUUCUGUUAAUACAUAUGCUUAUGAGGAUCGCACAACUGAUACAUGGCCUGAAGAAAAAGACGGGGAUGAAUUUAGUCCUCCUGAAGAUUACUAUGAACAGGUGAAACCAUCUUGGAAGAAAAAUGGAAAGAUAGAGCCAUAUGGUGUAACAGAUGACAAAUUUAAGAAACCCCCCAAUGGCCAGAUUAAAUGGAAGGACAUCCCAAAAGUUGAACCUAAAACAGUACAGCCUGAUGAUGAUUUGAAUGCCCUCUUACAGGAAGAAGAAGACCUUGUAAAUGCUCACCGGAAACAAGUAGAGGAAACCAUGAAUAUUGUUAGAGAGGAAAUGAACCUCUUGGUUGAAGCAGACAAACCAGGUAAUCAGCUGGAUGAUUAUAUAGCAAAACUAAAUGCCAUUCUGUCUCAGAAGGCAGCUGGCAUCAUGCAGUUACAAACCCGUUUAACUCAUUUCCAGAAACGUUUAAAGGAGCAUAGCGUUCUGGCUUCUUCUGCUGGUUACUAAUUUAAAUCAGACUCCUGGGGUUAAGUGGAUGGGGAUCGAGUUAUUCGUAGUGAUGGGGAAAAGUUUGGAAUAGCAUAUCGUGAAAAGGAUUUUUUUUUUUUUUUUUACUUUUUUAAACCAUAAAUUGUUUGGAAGUUUUCAUGAGGGAGUGGUGCAUUCAUCUCCCUUGUUUGGAAGUUAAGAUUAUAAAUAAUUGAUAUAAAUUACAAAUUUAAAUCCAA